AUGUCGGGCGGCUGGAACACAAUCGAAUCAGACGCCGUCCGUUCGCCUCACAAUCAUCAGACUCAUACCAAGUGCAAGACUAACCCAAGUUCUAGGGUGUCUUCACCUACCUGAUUGAAUCCCUCGGCGUCAAGAAAGUCCAAUUCGAAGAACUCAUCUCCCUCGAUCCCGAAUCUCUGCAGCAACUCAACCCCAUCGGUGUGAUCUUCCUUUUCAAAUACCCGACGGACGAGGAACCCAAACGCGACGCACCUCUCGAUGGUGAAUUCGACUACGCAGCGCUAGAAGCUCAGCCAGGACAAGAAGAAGGCGGACCCGUCUGGUUCGCAGCACAGACAAUCCAGAAUGCUUGCGGGACACAAGCAUUGCUGAGCGUACUAUUGAAUAAAGAUGGACUGCAGGACGAGGGAGGAGUGGACAUAGGUCCCAGUCUACGAGAUUUCAAGGCCUUCACAGAAGCCUUUCCUUCCGAUCUAAGAGGCGAAACGCUCUCCAACUCCGAUCUCAUCCGUGAUACGCACAACUCCUUCGCACGAUCUUCGCCUUUCGUAUCAGACGAGACACGCAUGGCAACCGCGGAUGACGACGUCUACCACUUCAUCGCCUACACCAGCAUCAACAGCACUCUUUACGAGCUCGACGGCCUUCAACCAGCACCAAUAAGACACGGCGACGCAGGCGCUUGUCCUUCCGAAAUAUUUGCAGAUGCCGUGAUCCCAGUACUACAGCGGAGAAUAGAGCGGUAUCCACAGACGGAGAUUCGCUUCAACUUGCUGGCCAUGUGUGAGGAUCUGAGGGAGAGAGCAAAGGAGCUUGGCGAUCAGGAGUGGCUGGCGCGAGAAGAGCAGAAGAGACGUGAUUGGCGGUGGGAGAACGCUCUACGGAGACACAACUUUGUGGGAUUCAUCGGGGAGGCGAUGAAAGGCGUGACAGCUUCUAAGUUGAAGGACGGAACCUAUGACAAGUGGGUGGAGGAUGCAAAGGCUGCAACAAAGAAGCGAAUAGAGCAACGCAAAGAAAGGGGGCAGGGCGCCGAUGAGAUGGACCUCUCAUAA